UUUUUAAAAGAAUUUAAUAUUAUACAGGCAGCUAUAGUUUUAUCUACUUAAAGCAACAAUUUCUACAAUGUCAGAUGGUUUCGCUUUAAGCAAUAAAUUGUCUCAUCACGUACGUGACAAGGAGGAGAAACGUGCGCAAGAACGACGAAGGAAUUUACUUUAUCUCGUGACUGAUUUUCUGCGAGAACAGAGGUAUAUAAAUUCCGUGCAAAGUUUAAUAAUUGAAGCUCGAUUAGCAGGUGAUGUUCAAGUUUGUGACAACAUAGACCUUGAAACAAUUUUAUUGGAGUAUUACGAUUAUUAUUUUGCCAAAUUUAAUAAAUAUCCAAAAGUUUGUAAAAAAACUGAAACAGUGACAAAUCUUGAAUCAAUUUUAAAUACAGGCAAGAAGGAUAAGACAAAUAAAAAUAUUAUGAAAGUGGAUGGCGAAAAUGACGUGACGAAAUUAAAUGUAGCCAAAGUAGCGACUUACACAAAUCUUGAAACUAAUUUGGAAAUAACAGCUACGUCUAUUAAUGCAAUUCCUCAGGAAGUAAAUCAACAGAGGCUUCAAAAUAAAAACUUUACUGGGGAAGACGUUGAAGAGAAGGUUCUUAAGCCUAUUAAAGAUUUAUAUCCACUUGGAUCCAAUUGGAGCGAGAUUGCAGAAAUUAUCUCUAACGAAAUUGUGUUAAAAAAUUUAAAUGUCCACUGGGAUGACGUUAAAGGCUUAGAUGAAUGCAAGACACAACUGAAAGAGGCGACGGUCUAUCCUUUAAAAUAUCCUAUGCUAUUUUCCGGAAACAUUGCUCCAUGGAAGGGAAUUUUGCUUUACGGGCCACCUGGAACAGGUAAAACUAUGUUAGCAAAGGCUGUCGCUACAGAAUGUGAAGCAACCUUUUUCAAUGUGACAUCAAGUUCAAUUGUUAGCAAGUGGAGAGGAGAGACAGAAAAAUAUAUACGUGUUCUUCUGGAUCUAGCGAAACAUUAUGCACCGUCAAUUAUUUUCAUCGACGAAAUUGACUGGACAGCAAUUUGUAGUGAUGAUUCUUCGGCAUCGAAAUCCGAGCCAAGUCGAAGAUUCCGAGCAGAAUUACUUUCCAGACUGGAUGGAUUAUUAACAAUGGAAAAUGCCAAUAUAUUAUUAUUAGCAGCAACAAAUAUACCAUGGGUUUUAGAUGCUGCUCUACUGCGAAGAUUAGAAAAACAUAUUCACGUAGGUCUUCCGAAUGAAGAAACCAGGAGAGAAAUUUUCAAAACUUACAUAUCCAAGGACAUAUCACAAUUAGCGGAAUUCUCAAAUUUGGUAAAUCAAACAAAGGGAUAUUCAUGUGCUGAUAUUAAAUUGUUGUGUAAGGAAGCAUAUAUGAAACAAUUACGACCAAUUUUGAAGUACCUGGAAAGUAAUAAUAUUGUUAAGAAGGAAAUAGGUUGUGACAAUUUUAUAAACAAUAUAAAUCACCUCAAAGAGUCAAUGCGAAUAAUCAAACCGAUUUCUUUAAAAGACGAAAAAACAAAGUACAAAAACUGGAGCAGAAGAAAUGAUCACCUUGUAGAAACUGAUGAAAGUGAUUUCGAAUAGAAGAUUAUUCAGAUUAUAAAGUAUUAUUAUUUACAU